AUGUCACAGAUACCCUAUGAACCCAAUUUGUAUUCAGCACCGAAAUCCCCUUUAAUGACGCCAAAGUCACCAUCUUUUCGUCCGGCACCAGAAUCGCCACCUCACCCCCCAGGCAUAAGUUCAAACCAUAAUAAGCCAAGGGUAAACCCUAUCAUCGAUCUAUUAGAAACAGAAGAGGAAUACGUGAAUGAUUUGAAAACUUUGAUUCAGAAAACUACCACGAGCUGGACACAUGAUAAUCCGCCUCCUCCAGAGUUGGACAGAAUGUUCUGUUUGGUCAAUGAUGUUUUCAAAGAAAAUGAGGAUUUUUACUCAAGCCUGAGCAAGAUUGACGUAAAUCCAAGAAAUCCACGAUCCGCACAAGAAAUUGCAGAUAUAUUAAUGGUCUGGGUUGAUCAGAUGGAGAGACCCUACACGAAAUAUUACCAAGAGUACAGGAAAGGCUUUGAUUCUUGGCCCGAGAUUGAGGGAAACGCGUCUUUGCAACAAAUCUUGAAUACUAUUACCGCGGAAAAAAAUCGACCAAUGACAUUGGAUUACUUUUUCGAAUUACCUCUAAAACGAAUUUACUAUUACAAAAAGUUGUAUGCGCGAAUACACAAAAGUUCAGAACCCGGAAAACCAGAUUACGAGAUUUUAACCAACGCGAAUCAGCGCAUCGACAAUCUUCUCGAAUUGGAAGAACUAGCCAAAAAGAAUGCAAUAAGGCCACGUGAUGAAAUUCAGUCGAGCGAAGCGCAGAAUGAGAAUGAUGAUGAUCAUCAAAGGAAUAAUGUAAACAAAGAAACACGGAAAUUGACCUUACAAGAUCUAGAAGUUACUCUGGAUACGUCGAGAGUCGUGGAUUUGUUCACCAAGAGACCAAAAGUUCGUCAACUUUUGAUCUAUUUUCGAUUCGCGCUGAAAUUCCAAGAUUCACAAUUGCUCAUCACUCACGUCAAAGCUCACUUAUUCUUGCUGAGUGAUUUGCUGUUGAUUUGUCAAAGGUUAAGUCCGGAGGAGAAAAAGCAGAACCCUACAAAGGAAUUUUGGCUAUUGUAUCCUCCUAUGAGCGGGAGACAUCUAUCAGUGCUUGACAUGCACGACGAUAAGGAGGAGAACAAAGGACUCAAGAAGGUUUGGCUAAGCGGACUAGUGGAGAUGAUAGAAUUCACUUCUAACAUUAGUGCUCUCGUAAGAUCCCCAACGAAACCGAAGGAGGAUCUUGUAAAUCAAGGAGACAAUCAUCACGAAGUAAAUCAGGCGUUAUCAGAUGUGGAGAAAAAGAGUCCGACGAGCGGAAACUUUUCCAAUGAUCAACACCAAUGGUCUCAACCCAAAACACCAAUAUCACCUGAUUAUCCCCAAUUUCUCCCAGAAUCGAGUAUAUCACGAGAACCAGAGCCAAGUAUAGAACCGUUUGCGGAAACACUGUUUCAAACAUCGCUUUGCAAUGUUUCGACCUGGGCAGAUGAAUGGAGACCGUUGAACGCCCAAGAUAAUUGUUAUAUCGAGAUAAGGUUAACGAUGGACAAGAGAUAUUACAUGGUGGUUGUGUUAGAGAAUUAUCAGAUGAUCGUGCUUCAACUACUUAUUGAUCAAUCGGUACACGUGCAUCGAGAUUCACCGUGCGCCAUAACUAUUACCUGCGAGAUGGGCCAAAGAAGAGACUAUUAUUAUAUAAAUCUAUCGACUUCGUUUGAAGCAGAUAAACUCUUCACAUACUUGACCAGACCCGAAAAUAAUGUCACAGAGUUGAACGCACCAUCAUCCCUGUCACCUAAAGUAGAGACCGAAUUUGCGCCACGUACUUCUUCAUUGCAAACGCGUGAUAACGGCCUCCCUAGAGAAAUUGAAUCAGACCCAAUAAGAUUGAUCGAAUCAAGAUGUCGAGUAUUUUUGAAAAAUGAUCAUGCAAUGUGGACAAACUUUGGAUGGGGAACGGUGAAAGUGUUGCUGGAAGUGCCGUCGAAUCAAAAGAGAAUAAUGAUUAUGACCGAUAAGCAGAAAUCAAAGAUGGUGGAUGCAAUUAUUUGUGAGGCGGGCGUUGAAAAAGUGGGCAAGACUGGAAUUGCAAUCACAAUAAACAAUAUACCUGCAUCGUAUGGCGGUACAACGAUAAUUUAUAUGAUACAGAUGAAAGACGAGAUCGCUGCAACCAAGGCGUUCAAG